AUGUCAAGGUUUCUAUUCUAUCCACAUGCGCGUAAUGUCAUCCAGAGGUUACCUGAGCAUUAUAAGAAGAGUUACCUAAAAAGAUACGCCCCAUGUUUAGGGGUGAAUUACAUUGAACCGGAGGAAGAUCAGUUCAUAAAAGCUACCAACAGCUCGAUAGUGCCUAAGACUUGGGGUCCAGAUUUGCGUCAAAAUCUCUUUUAUAGUGAAAUAUUGGAUCGGUGGCUACUUAUUAUUGUGUCUUUGACGGCGUUGAAACAGAUUGAGUGUAUGAAGGGCCUGGACAACUACCUUCUAAUGACCCCUGAAAACGAAGUCAAUAGUCGUCUCGGUAUGCACAUUAAACGUGAAAUGCUGUUGAAACUUUCGGACUCGGAAUUCAAAAUUUUGAAACCCGAAAUCGUGGCCAAAUACACGAAGUUCAUCAUUCCUCGGGAUGAAGCCGAGUGGGUAGGGUUGACGCUUGAUGAAGCGAUUAAGAAACAAAUGAAAAUUGAACACUUGCAGCAACGAGCAGUGGCAUCUAUUCCAAAAAAGGAAAGCUUUACCAAAGCAUUGCUAAAUCAACUCGCUACAGACAAGGACUAUCCACAGCUGUGUAUGUCUUUGAGCCAUCUUCCUCUAAGUCACGUUUGCGUAGCUACUUCAUAA